AUGUUCAUCCAGUCUACUCUUGCUCUCGGCCUUCUGGCCAACGCCGCAGCUGCUGCUUUCACAGCAUGUGGCACCACAGGUUCUAGCCAGGCUUUGAAGGCUCUUUCAAAGGACCUUCGUAAUGAAGGCUUGGAUAUUAGAGGGCAAAGGAAGAAUGUUGAGAUCAAGACAUACAUCCACGUCAUCGCAGCCAGUGAGAAGGAAGAAGACAACUACCUCAGCGACGAGAGUGUGCAAGGUCAAGUCGACACGCUCAACAAGUAUUUCAAACCCUGGGACUUUUCUUUCAAGGUAGCCAAAAUCAACAGGGUUGUGAACGAGUCCUGGGCAGACCUCGACACCGGCCCUGAAAUGCCCGAUUAUGAGGACGAUUUCAGACUUGCGCUCCGCCAGGGAAGCUACAAGGACUUAAACCUCUUCUUCAUCAGAAACAUGAUACCCGGUGGAAAGUGUGAACUCCCCAUCCCCAACCCGACGAAGCAAGAUGUGAUCAACGACGGUUGCAUAAUGAGACCCAACGGGCCCAGCAUCCCCCCUAAGUACGACGACGUGACGGUGCACGAGGUUGGCCAUUGGCUUGGGUUGGAGCAUACCUUCGCAAACGGCUGCGAGUUUCCUGGAGAUUUCGUUGAUGAUACACCUUAUGAAGGGUAUCCCACCGGAGGUGACAGUUGCCCCGAAAAGGGCCGUGACACUUGCCCUGAUAAGCCGGGUCUGGACCCUGUUGACAACAUCAUGACCUACGUUGGCCCAGACUGCGGUCCCCAGAGGUUCACACCUGGCCAGGCGGAGCGCAUGCACAAGCUUUGGAAGAAGUUGCGAGCAAACUCAAAGGCUUGA